ACCGACAAUAUAGUAGCGACUACGCCCCCUUUUGACAGAUCUUUGAUGGUGUGAAAAGGCUCCUCCAUCGACUUCGCAACGGUCGUUCACCAAUAAUUUGGGAACACGAGCAGAGACCCACAGCGACAAGUUCUAAAAGCAAAAUGCGGGGCAAAGGAUGAGGGGCCGCAUGGAAUACAGCUUGGCGGAAGCCUGGCAAUCGACAGCUCCUCUAUAUACAAGCCGUUCUCACUUUCUCCAUGUAUUUACUUUUCGGCACACGCAUGUUUCCGGUGCAUAAAAAUCCCCACUAUUCUCGCACACAGCAACCAUGUUCUUACCCUUACCAACACCUCUCGCAAUGAACUCUGCCACAUCCAGCCCCACGAGCGAUGCGAUUCCCUCAGCGUCCGAAGCGCUGCGCGAGCAGUACGUGCGACCAGGCGACGUAAUGUCAGUACUCCUCAUCCUCGGCGCGGAUGUCGUUCAGCGUGCGCUCGCACAGCUUUCCGGCAGCCCGCUCACCCCGGUCGCGUUUUCGUUCGGGUGGGUGACGUACGCCAUCGGCGCGCUGCUCGCCGCCGUCGGCGACAACAAGCUCAUACCGCUGCCGGACUCGCCCGGCUUCGUCAUCAACUCGAAGAGUCCGUACACGCGGCAGAACUGCUCAUGGAUCCUGGGACGCAUCAUUCGCGACUAUGAGCACUGGCGACAUCCCAAGAUCAGGCGGAUGGAGACGGAGUUCUUGGCGAAGGAGGGGCGUAUCGGGCUCACGGUCGCCAUCUACACGGCUAGCCGUAGUAAAACCGCGGGGGUCCCAGAUCGUGACUGGUUGUACUACAGUGGCCUGCUGUGUGCUGUGUUUCAGCUGGGCAUCGCCGCUAUACCGUGGGCGAUGUGGAGCGACUGGUCGAUUCUGAUGACCACCGCGAUCGGUAUCACCUUCGCGUUCGCGUCCGGCUCGCUGCCGCAGUGGAAAGUCGAGAAAUACCAGUGCCGACGGAACACCGACAAGACCGUGAUCCUGACGCGCGGCAACGGCCACAACAACGGGUGCAUCGUCGUGAUCGGCGACAAAGUGGGCCUGGACCUCGAGGACCUCGCGGGAGGACGGCGGGCCGAGAUCGAUAUGACGCACACGCGAGUGUAUACGAGCAUCAUGGCGCUGCUCUGGACUGCGCUCCUGAUCGGCGUGUCGGGGCUGAAGGAGAAUCCGUGGUUCCUGCUGGUGAUCGGCGUGGUCGGCAUGAUCCAGAACGUGAUCGUCUGCGGCGCCCCCCGGAAGCCUGGCGCGUUUGGCGUCCACCUCGAGUUUGUCGAGGCGAUUGUCGAGAAGAAGGUCAUGAAGGCGCUCCAGGUCUUGGAGGAGAAAUAUACGGACGUGGGCAGUGCGCUGGUCGAUACAUAUUUUCCCGGUGGCCGGCUAUUUCCCGAUGAGAAGCAGUAUUGGAAGAAGGUGGAUAAUGAGAGGCAGGCUAAGCUGAUUGCUAAGCUGGCUAAGCGGGCAGCGCAGGCAGCGCAGGCAUCGCAGGUCCCGCAGGAUUCGCCCGAUCUACAGGCUCCACCGGCGGUGUAGGCGGAGAACCACGACCUGGCGAUUGAGAUCAGGAAGGACUGUGUCGGAUGUACUGUGGUGCAAUUCGCUUGAUGCAUUCGUUUAUUUCUUAUAUAAGUGCUACGUAGGGCAAAGUGAAAGGGUAGUUAAUGUAGUGCUCGCAUUAAAGAGGUGGCGCGAAGGCCGGGGGAGCCGGCUCUGGCGGCGGAGGAGCGGAGGGAUGAAUGAAAGUGUGAAGAAUACGAGUGGGAGGAAUAAUUUAAGGAAACUGGUGUGAGAGGAACUUGGAAGAGACGCGAGAUGGGCUUAAAAGAGAGAUGGGCCGCUUUCCUUUAUCUUGGGCGGUUAAUCGUCGCUUGGUUUCUAUCACCAGAAUUGAAUUCACGGUCCUGGACCAAGCAUUAAGGCAGCUUGAACUUCAGUCCUGAGUUGCAGAUUGCGGCAUCAUCCAGUGCGUGAUAUUAAAGUUCUCAUUCAUACCAGAUUGACAAUCGAUAUCCUGAAGAA